AUGAAGGGGUCAUCAUUGUUCAAAUUUAGCCCUUUCGCAAAAAUUCAUCAACCUCUUCCUCGUACGCCAAGAGAAUCAGCGCAAUUACUGAACGCCCUUACCUCCUCCUUCCGUCGUCAGCUUGAUCGAGAGUACCCAUCAUCCUCUUCAGCCAAUAACGAUGAGAACGGUGACAAUCCUUUAUCCUCCGUUCAUGCCACGGACAAACAUCUACGGACUAUUUUGGAGAAUCCUCUUUUCCGCGUCAUUCCCUCAAGUGCAGCUAGUCCUGCGCACCAAUCCGGUCUUGGACCACUUCAGGAGCAGAAACUGGCGACUGAGCCUAUGACCGUCUUCGAUGAAUUGGUUGCCUCGGGUUCUGUUAAUAAGACCGCUCUGUUCAAUUGUUUAAGGGCCCAGCUAGUGCUCGCCAGCGCUAAUACCGGCGAUGGAGUUGUAGACGCGAUGAAGAAGUCUAAGGCCGGUUCCAAAAUCGUGUCCUGGUGGUACGCAUCCGAUUCCGAAUCCAGGAAAAUGCUAUUCACAAUACGAUCUUCAACCGUCACACUCCUCAAAUUCAUGAUCGCUGAGGGGCUACAGAAGACGGCAAUGACCUGGCUGGGAAUGCUGUUGAGCCGUGACCUGGGCGGUGCUGACGGUCGCAUAUCGGAGGCCAUGGCCCAAACCGUGGCUCGAAAUUUCCUGCUCGACCUCUUGAAAGCUGAGAUUCAGUACGGAGAGGGUUUAGUCUCGGCCAUGAGGUACUACUUGGAGGCGAGCAGGCUGCCAAUCUCUACAGAUUACGAGCUCGGCCUUGUUCAAUACAAGAAAGCCCUACUAAUGCCUGCAGCCGGGUUUUUGUGCCGCGCAGCCAUGGAGGGUGAGCAAUCGCAGCUCAAACAAAUGCCUCUUGAGAUGUACGAUGAAUAUGUGAGGAUUAUCGCUUCAUGGUCUCUCAAAUCGUUACUACUAGCUUGCGUGCCUCUUUUCCACCCGACCCGACCUGACGCUACGCGCUUUGUGCAAUUUACAGAGAGAAUAUCACGAGUUCGGCUCACAACAUGGCCCAAGACGAAAAAGGAGAACUUUGUGCUCUAUGCCAUUACCGCCAUUCGUAUCUUGGUCGAUCAGCAAAAAUUGGCGGAAGCUUCAUACUUGGCACGCUUUAUUCAGGAGAAUCUGCCGGAAAAGAUUGGCCAGGAGUCGGCAUCCAGCACGUUUGAUCAAGUGUCGGCAGAGGAGGAGAACCUAUCCAACCUACUGGGCCUGGCAUGA